AUGUGGCAAAAAGUGCAAGGAUGGGGGCACAAAAAUUUAUCUUGGGCCGGUAAAGAGACUCUUGUGAAAGCAGUGAUUCAGGCGAUUCCUACACAUGUGAUGAGUUGUAUGCGCAUACCAAAGGUCACCGGUGAAGAAAUUAACAGAAUUAUAAGGAAAUUUUGGUGGGGUAAUGCUGAUAACAACUCUAUCCAUUGGAUUUGUUGGAAUGAGAUGUGCUCGGCUAAAGGAGAUGGUGGAUUGGGUUUCAAGGAUUUGGAUCUUUUUAAUUUGGCUCUUCUUGCCAAACAGGGUUGGCGGUUAUUACAAAAUCCGUCAUCCCUAGCUGCUCGAGUUCUUAAAGGAAAAUAUUACCCUACAGGUUCUUUUCUGAAUGCACAAUUGGGAUCUAAUAGUAGUUACAUGUGGCGGAGCUUUAUUCAGGGUAGAGAAAUUUUGUUGAUCGGUUUGAAAUGGAGAGUGGGAGAUGGUUUAAGUAUUGGUAUUUGGGAGGAUACAUGGUUGCCAAAUAUUAAUGGGGGUAGGAUAUUGUCCAACCCUCAUACCUUACAUCCCCGGGCCAAGGUGUGGGAGCUUAUGGAUUUUACUUACGGUGGUUGGAAUGUGAAUCUUCUCAACUUUCUUUUUCAUCCCAUUGAGGUGGCUGACAUUCUCAAAAUUCCCCUUUCUCUUCGUUGGCCAAAAGAUGAAGUGAUAUGGGCACCUAAUCUGACUGGACGAUUCUCUGUACGUUCAGCGUAUCACAUGGCAAGGAGAUUGAGGUCGGGGAAUCUUAAUCAGUCCUUUAUAUUGGAAGAGGAAAUAUUGGAAGAGGAGCUGGUCGGGGAAUCUUAA